AUGAAGGAUCUUAAUAUUGCCUCUGACAUUGACAAAGUAAAUACGUGUUCAUUCAGGACAAGCUGUACACAAACUGAAAUUACUACAUUUACAACCAAUGCAAGUACAUGUACAACAACAGACAAUAUUGAGACAGAUAUCAAGAUCCAUUCUGUGAGUGUAGGCAUUCUGACAGACUUGCCACAAAUAACAAUUGAAAAUGUGAAACAUGAUAAUGCCAAAGUGAGAUUUUACACUGGAUUUGUUAAUUUUAGUGUUUUUUGGAUGUUCUUUUCAGUACAACUUAAACAUGGAGCAGAUAAGCUGAAUUAUUGGGAAGGAGAAUCCCGAUCCAUGGGUGAAAAAUCCUACCAACAAGAAGGAAAUUUAAAACCAGGAAGAAAGCGCUUUUUAAGACCAAUUGAUGAAUUCUUUAUGGUUAUGAUGCGAUUGCGACUAGGACUUCUGCAGGAACAUUUAGCUGAUAUUUUUAGAGUGUCUGAAUCCACUGUUUCUCGUUUAAUGAACACUUGGAUUAACUUUCUAUUUGAUAAUUGCAAAUCAUUAGUAACCUGGCCAACACGAGAACAAGUAGUUUGUAACUUGCCAAAACUUUUCACUGGGCAUCCAGAUACAAGAAUUGUGGUAGAUUGCACUGAAUUUUACAUUGAAAAACCUUCAUCAUUAAAGGCUCAAUGGAUGACAUGGUCUGAAUACAAGCACUCUAACACCUUCAAGGUACUGAUUGGUGUAACACCAAGUGACAUGGUAACUUUCAUUUCUAGACUGUGGGGAGGAAAUGUGUCAGAUCGUCACAUUGUGCAACAUGAUGAAUUUUUGCCAAAACUUAGCAAAGGGGAUGUAAUUAUGGCUGAUAAGGGCUUUACCGUAGAAGACCUGCUUCCAGCCGAUGUGGGACUAAAUAUGCCACCAAGAGUCUCAACGAAGAAGCAGAUGUCACACCUAGAAUUUUUUAAAAUCAAUAGCAUUGCUUCUGCAAGAAUAGUUGUGGAAAUGAAAAUGGAGCAAAUAAAAAACUAUAAUAUACUAAACUCUCGUUUACCAAUAUCUGAGGCUCAUUUAUCAGAGCAAAUGAUUUUCAUUUGUGCCGCAUUUACAAAUUUGUUGCCUCCACUUCUUAAAUGA